ACCUUCCCCUUCCUAGCUACCAAUGGCAGCUGAAACUAAAACUCCCCCUGCUUCUCGUUACUACUCCUUCGACAAGUCAUCACAACAGAUUCAGAUGACUAAUAAAACUAAUUCCUUUCAAACUCUUGAACCUGAUGUUGGCCAACAUCUACUCGACCUCAUCCAAAGCAUUUUCCAAGUUGUUGUUGCUUCCAAGGAUAUUGAUCAAUCUGCAGAGUUAAACAAGAUGAUCAGCAGCCUGGAGACAUUUCAAGGCAUGCGCCAAGUAUUGAAUGAUAUCCGAGAUAUCUCCUGUGAGAUGUCAUGCAAUCUUUUAGCAGCAGGAAGCGGGAAUGUGGAGAAAACCAGAACAGCAGUGCUGGAAAGGCUUCGCAGUUAUUCAUGGAGCGCCAAAGUGGUGAUAGCCAUCGCAGCUUUUGCUUCCAGUAUCGGGGAGUUGUCGAUGCUGGUGAAGCAUCGUGAUGACGAGCCGAUGGCUAAGUUUUUAGUUAAUAUCCUGAAAGGCUACUCGCCCAAACUCGAUUUGAACGCUCUUGCGGAAGCAAAGCUUAUCGAGGGCAUGUUGAAAGUGGUACGCACCAAUUUGGACUUCUCCAACCGCCUAAAACAGGAAUCCAUGAAGGAGGCGAUGCUGGAGCUUUACCUCAACGCUACAAAAAACAUCUUCGACAUUGUUUUACAAAUUUCAACCGUUUUAAGCAGAAGGGAAAUCGCUUUCAAAACAGUUAAUGAAAUAAAUAUUCAACUUCAAGAUAACAUGAAGUAUUUUGGCGCAGAGAGAAUUUCUCCAAAUUGGUAUGAGGAAGUGUCCGAAAUCAGUACCUCGGAACUGAUAGCAAAAAUCAAGAAAUAUAUUGAGGUACGGGAUUCUGAAAAACUGAGAAACAAGCAUGUGUUAUUUCUGAUAUCGGAUCUCAACAUCUCUAUAGAAGAAAUUAAGGUUCUCGAGAGAUUGUACGAAAAGAAUGAGGGCAAGUAUGAAAUCGUGUGGCUCCCAAUCGUGGGCUCGUUGGCAUACGAUAAGAAAGCAGCGGCAAGGUUUUGGGAGCUGAGACAAAUGACGAAAUGGAUUGGGGUUGAGCCAUCCAGGAUUGAAGAAGAAGUCAUUCAGUACAUCAAGAGGGAUUGGCACUUUAUAAAGGAAGCGAUUGCUGUGUCGGUGAAUGAAGUUGGGGAAAUAACAUGCCUAAAUGCUCUCCCUAUGUUGUGGGCAUGGGGUAAUAGGGCCUUCCCUUUCACUGAUAAAAUAACGCUGUGGAACGAAUUGGACGAGCGAAAUGGUUGGACUUGGAGGCUCGACUUGCUGUUUGAUCAACUUAUCCUUCCCGGUGACAGUGGCAUAGACAUACAAUCAUGGACAAAGAGCGAGGGGACACUUGUAUGCUUGUUUGGUGGUGGGGAUAUAUCAUGGAACCAGGAGUUCAUCCAGAAAGUGAAAUAUGCUGCACGCAGUGCCGGUGUUACCUUAAAACUUGUGUACUUGGGAGUGGGGAAGAACAAAGGCAAAGGGCUAACGAGGAACCAGCUGGGUCGAGACGUUCUGGUUAUUCAAUCUGAAUCACAGUGGCAGUUUUGGAGUCGACUGGAGAGCAUAUUGUACGCCAAAAUCCGACUUGGCAAGAAGGAUGAGGUAAUGCAGGAGGCAUUGAAAGUUGUUGGGUACGGCGGGAAUGGGGAAGAAUGGGCCAUGUUCUCCAUGGGAGAAGGUGCCAUGGUCACAACCAGCGGAAAAACAGCUCUAACUAUCAUGGAAGACUACCAGAUGUGGAGAAGCGACAUGAUCGGGGUUCGUUUCCUUGAAGGAAUAAAAAAGUACAAGGAAUUAAUAACCAGGGAUGUGCAUAGCUGCAUCAACCUUCACCUGCCGGUUAUGGGUCAGAUUCCAGGGAUAAUGAUCUGCCCUGAGUGUUCCAAAGUGAUGGACGUGUUUUACACUUAUCGCUGCUGUCCUGAGUAAUUAGCAAAUAAUACACACACACUAUAUAUAUAUACAAUGCAUGUUUGAGCAUUGAAAAUAAGAAGAGGAAAUAGAUACAAGUGUAUUGCCCCUAAGGCUCUACCAUGUUACUAUGUUAUUACUUAGCAUAUGCCAUGGAAUAAUAAUAAUAUCUGAGGCUCAGCCACUUAUUCACCAACUCUGGCUGGUGAAGAAAGAGUCCAGGACUUGUUUGUGUUGUAAUUAUCUAUCUAUCAGCUGAAAACAAUAAGAAAUAUCUUGUUUCUCUUCUUACAA